AUUCAAGUUCUUUUUUCUUUUAAUUCAGUUAUCUAAUUAAUUCCUACACUUUUUUAUUUUUUCAUUCAUUCAUUUUGUAUUUUUAAUUCACACGCAACAGCCACACAAACACAAACACACGCACACAGAUAUUUUUUAUAUUCAUUAAUUUUUUAUUAUGAGUUCGUUUUAUGACGAAGUAGAAAUUGAGGAUAUGGAAUUUGACGAGGAGACACAGGUGUACCAUUACCCAUGUCCAUGCGGCGAUCGAUUCGAGAUACCCAUUGAGGAUUUGCGCAACGGCGAGGAUGUCGGAAAGUGUCCCAGCUGCUCGUUGCUUUUGAAGAUUAUUUAUGAUCCGGACGAGUUUAUGGAUGACGAUGAUGACGAAGGGGUUAUUGAACUGGGAACGACGAUUGUGGUAGUUUAGAUUUUAGAUUUUUUUUAUUAUUGAAAUUGUUUUUUAUAGUCAUUUUCAGGCCAGUGCUGACAAUUACGCUGUAACAAAUCCACAAGCUUGGGGAUGAUUGUGUUUACGCACUUGCCCUUUUACAUUUCGGUUGUUUAUCACAGGGGACAGGGCUUUGUCAAAGGAGCGAGUGUAUCUAUUUUCUCUGGGCGAGAGAGGUACGGACGUUUUUUUUUUUUUUUUUUUUU